AUGCAGUUCUACGCUGUCGUCUUGGCCGCUAUGGCCGCGGCUGUGUCCGCCCAGUUCCCUACCAACAUCGACCCUGCGCAGCAAUCCGCUCUGCUCGCCCUCGCGACAGCGCUUCCGCCGUCUGUCCUGGCCGCCGCGGCUACCAACCAGGCCGGCUUCGCUUCUGAGGUCGCGUCGUCCAUCGCGGCCGGCAACACGCCCGAGUGGUACCAGGCUCUUCCCACCGACGUCAAGUCUGCGCUCGCCUCCAUCUACCCCGUCUCUACCUCUGCCGAGGCUACGCCGUCCGAGACCGCCGCCCCGUCUUCGUCGUCGUACGAGGCGUCUUCGGUCGCUGAGACCACCGCCGCCGUCACUUCUACCCCGGUCGUCGUGCCCUCUGGCACCGGCGCGUCCUCGAUCGGCACCAACUCCACCGGCGUCACCAGCGUGAACACGCCGACGCUCUCCGGCACGGGCAGCCCCCAGCCCACCGAGGCUCCUGGCGCAGCAUCCGUCCCGUCGGCGGCCAUUGGCGCUGGCAUUGCCGGUGCCCUGGCUUUCCUCGGCAUGCUCGCCUUGUAA